GAUUUUUCAAGUGAUUCUGCAAGUUGUGCAGACUUGUGAAGCUGCUGCACAGCGCCUCCUGGGCCGUAUAUGUGCUCACAGAGGAGGAGGAGGGUCGCGGGGAGAGAGAGGUGGGAGCAGAGACAGGGAGCAGUCAUAGCGCGCAAAGGACCGUGACAGUCCGGAGCGGCAGGAGUUAGAGGAGCAGGAGGAGGAGAGGAAGAAAAGGACUGAAAGCAGACUCCUCUACCUGCAGCUGGAACCAAAAAAAACCUCCGCUACGGAAACAUGCGAUGUGACAGAGAUUUGCCCGCCCGUGCUUCACUUGUGCCUUUGCGAACACCUUCAGGGAGUUCACAUGUUGACGCGCGUCGACGAGGAGGUCAUGUUUAGGCUCAGACGAGUGGCAGAGCCUCGCGGAGUUUGGAUGUGUGUUUCCUAGCUUUUGUCCAAUGUAAGAAGACGUCUUUUUUUCUGAAGCGGGAGAAAACAGCGACAAGAGGAGCACCGCGAAUGUAGUCUACAGGGAAAGCGAAACACUGUACCAGCCAGUGUCUUCCUGUGGUCAUCCUCCUCCUGUGUGUCUGUGAGUGUGUAUGUGUUUGUGUUUCUCAGUGUGUGUGGAGCUAAAGUAAAGGGAGGAUGCAGGUGAAGAAGCACCGGGACUCGGACCAGAGCGGCGGGGACAUGCUGGAGCGAGACGGCCCUCGUAAAAACUCCUCGUGCUUCUCAAAUAUCAAGAUAUUCCUGAUAUCGGAAUGCGCGCUCAUGUUGGCUCAGGGGACCGUCGGAGCAUACCUGGUGAGCGUGCUGACCACCCUGGAGCGGCGGUUUAACUUGCAGAGUGCUGACGUUGGAGUGAUCGCCAGCAGCUUCGAGAUAGGCAACCUGGCCUUGAUUCUGUUUGUCAGCUACUUCGGGGCAAAAGCACACCGACCCCGUCUGAUCGGCUGUGGGGGCAUUGUCAUGGCGCUAGGGGCUCUUCUCUCAGCCCUGCCUGAGUUUCUGACUAAUCAGUAUGAGAUAAGGGACAUGUGGAGGACUGACGUAGGUCGGGAUGUUUGCUCUAACAUCAGCAGCAGGGACGCUCAAACGGCUGAGGAUGAUUUGUGCGCCAACAAGGCCAACACCAACAUGAUGUACCUGCUACUCAUUGGGGCCCAAGUCCUGCUGGGGAUUGGAGCCACACCAGUGCAGCCCCUCGGAGUUUCAUACAUUGAUGAUCACGUGAAGAAGAAAGACUCUUCUCUCUAUAUAGGUAUCCUCUUCUCCACUCUGGUGUUUGGACCGGCCUGUGGCUUCAUCCUUGGCUCUCUCUGCACUAAGUUCUAUGUGGAUGCUAUCUUCAUUGACACUAGUAAGCUGAACAUCACCCCAGACGACCCCCGAUGGAUCGGGGCCUGGUGGGCAGGCUUCCUCCUGUGCGGUGCCUUACUCUUUUGCUCUGCUAUCCUGAUGUUUGGCUUCCCUCAGUCCCUGCCGACCAAGGACAGAGAGGAAGGUGCUGAGAGCGAGCAGGUUAUGCUUCCUCCGUCACUGAAUUCAGAAUAUGAGACUCCAAAGUCCAGCAACGGGCUCGUUGGCAACCACGAGCCUGCCAACAGCCCCACCUGCUGUCAGCAACUCAGGGUCAUUCCCAAGGUAACCAAGCACCUCCUGUCCAACCCCGUGUUCACCUGCAUCAUCCUGGCGGCCUGUAUGGAGAUUGCUGUCGUGGCCGGCUUUGCAGCCUUUCUGGGGAAAUACCUCGAGCAGCAAUUCAACCUCACCACCACUUCAGCAAACCAGCUGCUAGGUAUGACUGCCAUUCCAUGUGCAUGUCUGGGGAUCUUCAUGGGUGGUCUGCUGGUGAAGAAGCUCAACCUGUCGGCACUUGGGGCCAUCCGCAUGGCCAUGCUGGUCAACCUGAUUUCCACUGCGUGCUACGUCUCCUUCCUCUUCCUGGGAUGUGACACAGGUCCUGUGGCUGGGGUGACCGUCAGAUAUGGCAACGAGACUCUGAGGACGGGCGAGAAACCAGAAGCUCCAUGCAUCAGUCAAUGCAACUGCUUCACUUCUUCCAUCAGUCCCGUGUGUGGAGCCAACGGAAUCACCUACCUGUCCGCCUGCUUCGCCGGCUGCUCUCGUACAGGAACGACUCAGAUGACACGGAACGCCUCUCAGAACCUGACAGGAUGCAGCUGUGUUUCCGCUGAAAGUGCAUUGGCCACAGCCGUUCCAGGGAAAUGUCCGACGCCGGGCUGCCAGGAGUCUUUCCUGAUCUUCCUGUGUGUGAUCUGUGCCUGCAGCCUGGUUGGGGCCAUGGCCCAGACUCCCUCUGUUAUCAUCCUGAUCAGGACGGUGAGCCCUGAACUGAAAUCCUAUGCACUUGGAGUAUUGUUUCUUUUGCUGCGACUUAUAGGCUUCAUCCCCCCUCCUCUGAUCUUCGGUGCUGGGAUCGACUCCACUUGCCUUUUCUGGAGUUCAGACUGCGGCGAGAAGGGUGCAUGUCUACUGUACAACAACGUGAAAUACAGGCAUCUGUAUGUGAGCCUCGCCAUCAUCCUCAAGGGCGUGGCUUUCCUCCUCUACUCCACCACAUGGUAUUGUUUACGCAGGAACUACAAGAAGUACAUCAAGACUCACGAGGGUUACAUGACGCCCACCGAGUUUUACCCAUCACUCACAGACGGCCCCAAACUAGUGGACAGGACAAAGUUUAUAUACAGCCUGGAGGACCACGAGUUUUGUGAAAAUAUGGAGUCAGUUUUAUAGUUCAUUACAGAAAAAUGGACAAUGUGGACAUUUAUACUCUAACGGAUUAUUUGAUGAUUUUAUUCUUCUCUUGAAAGGAGGAAUUUGUUUUUUGAUAAAGGCAAUCUAUUUAACGCUUUGUUCAGGUCACAGGGGAAGUUGCUCCACGUCUUGGGUAAACUUUCAAAAGGGUCCAUUUUAGUCGUUUACAUACCAGCACGGUGUUGAACUCCUGUGUUGACUCUGGUGGUAUAGAUGACAUCCACCCCACUGUUUCGCUCAGUCCGAGCUGAUUUUUAGCGAGUGGACGUGAUGUUACUGAAACUGUAGCUGCCAUAUUUGUUGAGGUCUGUCAUGAUGCCCGUGAAAAAUGACCUUUCAGUCAGUGCACUGUGUGUUCUGUCUGUCUCUCGCUCAAACAUGAGAUUACUGUCAUUAAAAAAAAUGUUGGUUGGUUCUUCCGUUACUCAUACAUAUUUAAAAGUUGCCAAGUGUUUACAAACUAAUACUGUAGUUUUAUUUCAAUGCAGGAAGGUUUCGUAUAAAAAGAGAACAGAAUACCCAGACUGGGUUGUUUUUAGUGGCCUAUUAGAUGUGUUUAAUUUCCCAAGAAUAAGUCUAAAAACUUAAAACAAGAUAUUUUUAAUGUCAGGAUGCAUCAGUUUGUCGUUCUCUUGCUGGAUAACAGGCACUGUUUUUGAUACUGUUUAGACUAGACUGUGAAGUCUCGUCUCAUAGGUGAACAUGUGCAAUUUGUGUCUGAUUUGUCUAUGUUUGUAACUAGUUUUGAGUCAGACAGCAGGUUUGUUUCUCAUAUAUAGCAUUAUGUUUCAUUUCCAUUUUUGUUAUACAUCUGCAGAGUUUAUUCAGCCUAAUAUGUCUUAAUAAGGGAUUAUUCAAAGAAGAAUGUGGAUUGUAUUUUCUUGUGGCUUUUCCACCUUGUGGAAGCGCAAAGACGAAAAUCAGUAAUAUUUUUAUGUGUUUGGAAUUCAAGACAAAGAAAAGAGAAGUAAUAUAUUUGUUUAAUUAGGCCCGGGAUGUUUAUUAGAUUGUAUUUGAGAACAAACUAUAAAUUAUAUAUAAUCGAAUUAUAUUAAAAUGUGUGUGUUUGAUGUCACAGAAGAUUUGGGACAACUCAUAGAAAUGAAAUUAGUAUGUUGCAUUAAAAGGAACAGAAUCUGUGUCUUCAAACGAGGCCUGUAAAAUCUGGGGUACAAGUUUUAGAAUAGACACAAGAAGCUGUGUGUGCAAAGUCGAACAACAUAAAAAUCAACAACGACACACUGGAUUUAUUCUAGGUCUUGUUUUAUAAGGAAAUCUUUAACAUAACGCAGCACAUGCGACCUGUUACUCUACUGAUCUCUGCAGUUACAGUUUUGACAUUGUCCCUUUUCUUACUCUUUUUGUAUGGCAACAUAUGGUUUAUUUUACUCUGGAAAUAAAUUAUUUUUCAGAAAAGAAAUCAAA